AUGGUGAAGGAUACUAAGUUCUACGAUCUCUUUGGAGUGUCGCCAUCCGCCUCGGACAACGAGUUGAAGAAGGCUUACAGAAAAGCUGCCUUGAAGUACCAUCCAGACAAGAACCCUUCUCCUGAAGCCGCUGAGAAAUUCAAGGAGUUGUCGCACGCGUACGAAGUUCUCUCUGACGAUCAGAAGAGAGAGAUCUACGACAACUACGGAGAAGAGGGCUUGAACGGUGGUGGACCAGGAAUGGGUGGUAUGGGCGCUGACGACAUCUUCUCGCAGUUCUUCGGAGGAGGCUUUGGCGGUAUGGGAGGCGGUGCUUCGAGAGGCCCAGCCAGAGGCAAGGAUAUCAAGCACUCCAUCCUGUGCACGUUGGAGGAGUUGUACAAGGGUAGAACGGCCAAGUUGGCCUUGAACAAGACCAUCUUGUGUAAGCUGUGCGAGGGCCGUGGUGGUAAAGAGGGUAAGGUCAAGCAGUGUAGCUCUUGUCAUGGUGCUGGUAUGAAAUUCGUCACCAGACAAAUGGGCCCUAUGAUCCAGAGAUUCCAGACAGUUUGUGAUGCCUGUCAGGGUACUGGAGACAUGUGCGAUCCAAAGGACAGAUGUGUCGACUGUAAGGGUAAGAAAACCCAGUCCGAGCGUAAGAUCUUGGAGGUUCACAUUGACCCAGGUAUGAAGGAUGGUCAGAGAAUUGUCUUUAGCGGAGAGGGUGACCAGGAGCCAAAUGUGACCCCAGGAGAUGUUGUGUUCGUCGUGGAUGAAAAGCCACAUGAGAAGUUCACCAGAAAGGGUAACGACUUGUCUUACGAAUGUGAAAUUGACUUGUUGACUGCUUUGGCUGGUGGUGAGGUUGCUUUCAAGCACGUUUCCGGUGAUUACAUUAAGUUUACAAUCGUUCCUGGUGAAGUGAUUGCCCCAGGUGCAGUCAAGGUAAUCGAGAAGCAGGGUAUGCCUAUCUACAGAAACAGCGACAAGGGUAACUUGUUCAUCAAAUUCUCUGUCAAGUUCCCUGAGGCCAACUUUACUUCCGAGGAGAAGUUGCAGCAAUUGGAGUCCAUCUUGCCAGCCAGAACUGCCGUCAAGAUUCCAAAGAACGCUGCAGUUGACGAGUGUGAUUUGACUAACAUCGACCCAUACAAGCACAGCCAGAACGCUAGACGUGAUGCCUACGAUUCGGACGACGAGGAGGGCCAGCAGGGACCAGGUGUGCAGUGUGCAUCUCAGUAA